AGCCCCAGCUUAUGAAAAUAAUGAGAGCAACCCUUCACACCCAUAAUGAGUGGUUUAAACUUCAAAUGUUGUAAAGACCACUUCGAAAGCCUAUUAAAGAUUGAUUCCUUGAAAGAAGUUAAUACUCCUUCGCUUGCUGCUGCCGCUGCUUCUAAGUCAAAUGCAGAUAGUUGCUCUAAUGGGUCUUCCCAAGUAACAGUAUCUUCAAGCACGAGGAUGGUGGAAGAUGGUAGCAGCCUGACUCAAGUGUCGUCUAGAGAUGUUGUGUGUGAUGAAACUGCCAUACUAAAAGUAAUGGAAUUUCUAGCUUUGCCCAGGGCCGAUGCUAUCCAUCUUCUUGCACAAUACAACGGAAAUGCCGAGACCGUCAUUCAACAGAUAUUCGCGUAGUUUGUAUUGUAGCCGGUUUUGCAGCUACGUAUAAUUAAUUUUUGCUUAUUAUUUGAUUCAAUUUGUGCAUAGAGUUUCUAAAUUUAGGUAGACACAUACGCGUAGUUGUUGAAACAGAGUAGCAUUUAUUGUUAACACUUACACAGGCUGUUCUUGUACAUUAUUAAAACACUUGGUUGAUCUAAAGAGGAAGAGGUGCUUGUUGGAUGGUUGGAUUGAUUUUAUUUCAUGGAGUUUUUUCUCUA